GUAUAACAAGAGGCGUAUUUACAGCACAUGCCUAAUUUCCGUUGAUAUAAAUUUUCAAUGACAUUCAACGUUAUCCAAAAAUUAGAUGAUAUCCGGGAUGUGAGAAUUGAUACGUCUCUGUGUGGGUAUUUAUCAUUUCAAGCGCAAAAUGUGAAAACGCCCGUGGCAGCUCAGAAACGUAUUCUCAACAAAUAUGUCGUGCUUGUUUCGUUGUUGCUGCCCUUCAGACAAUGACAAUGACACACUCCGACAUAAUAUCCACGACAAACAGGGUUUAUUAUCCACCACAGAGUUGAGACCAAUUAUUACCCAGUCAAAACGUGUGCAUGAAACUGACUCUGCACCUGUGCAAGAUGAUGAAGAUUCUGGUAAUGGUAGACCAAGUUUGAACCGGAGUGAUAGUGAUAAGUAUUAUGUCAAGUGGGAUUUUCGUGGGCUGCAGAAAGGACUCCAGGUUGAGCAGAUUGAUGAAAAUGCAGACGUGGAUAAUCCAUGGAUUUCUGUGCGGGAUUCUGAAGGGAAUAUACACAAAGCACCUUUGGUGUAUCUGGCGAAGAUUCGGGACAUUAAAGAGGAACCGUGGUAUUUUAUGAAUAUUAAUGAUCGUGACCAUGCAACGCUGGUUCUUCAAAAUGCUGACCACGAGGAUGGACUUUACUUGAUCCGGAAGUGUUCCAGUGAUGAAUCACCCUAUGUAUUGUCAGUAAAACGCAUAAAAAAUGAUAAAACAAAAGAAUGUCUUGUUGAACAUUUUCAAAUAUCGGAGAAAAAUGGAUUAUUUGGUGAAUUAGGUGAAGAGAAUUUCGUUACGUUGGCUGCAUUGAUAGAUAGCUACAUAGAGAGUGGAUUCUUAUCAAAACCAUGUCCCAAAGAGCAAAUCAUCAACAUUGCCGGCAGUGAAAUAGAAAUGGGUGAUGAAAUCGGCAGUGGGGCUUUCGGAGUUGUAUGCAAAGGUGUCUGGUGUAAUCGCACGGUGGCCAUCAAGCACAUCUUGCGCAAGGCUGACUUUACCGCUGAAAUCAAACAAGUGUGUCAGUUUAAUCAUCCCCAAAUCGUGACUAUGUACGGCGCGAACAUUUCCUCCCCGCCACAUUUUAUGGUUAUGGAGUAUAUGUGUAAUGACACAUUGAAAACCUACGUGCAUAACAAUGAGCUCACUUUACAGGAACAACUCUUUAUCAUGGAGCAAAUUGCAGACGGUAUGAGGUUCCUGGAAAAGUAUAAAGUUUUACAUCGGGAUUUAGCAGCGAGGAAUGUGUUGAUUGGUGAAAAUUUAUGCGCGAAAAUCGCUGAUUUUGGCCUGUCGAAGAAUUUACCCCCGGAUGAUGAUUAUUAUAAGAGUGGGGCGAAUAAACUUCCGGUUUUGUGGUUAGCAGUGGAGUCGUUAGAGGAUCAUAAGUUUACGGUUAAGUCGGAUGUGUGGAUGUUUGGUAUCCUGACCAUGGAGGUGUUUAGGCGGGGUGAGAAACCGUAUGCGGAGUUCAAGUUGAAGAGGGAGGAUAUAAUCGUAAGAGUUUGUCAGGGAAUGAGGAUGAGUCAACCUGAAAAUAUGCCGAAGGAUGUUUAUAAUGUGGUUAGGAAGUGUUGGAGUAGGGAUCCUGCCCAACGGCCGAGUUUUAAGGAAUUGUAUCAGUAUUUAAUGGAGAGGAAGCAGGAAAACAAAAAUGAUGUUUAUUAAGUGUCUAAAAACUUUUUACAAACAAUAUAAUAAUGUCUUAGGGCUGUCCAUUAAU